AUGACUCGAAUUAUACCAAAUUUUAGUCAUUGGCCAAAAGUGGAUGAUCAAAUUGUUUUGGCUGCUGAAAUUGAAAUUGAUUCGGAUGUUAGUAUUGACUCAUAUGAAAGUGAUAAUGAUUUAAAAGAUGACGAAAUUCAACUUCUACCGCAAGUUCCAAGUAUUUUAGAUAAAUCUGAUGAUGAAACAUCUGUCAAAAUGCCAACUGCAAUAGACCCUAAUGAUAGCAUACCUGAAUCAAAAACUAAAUUUUUGAAUCCUAAUUCAAAAGAUACUAAAUCAAAUUAUCCACAUUACAUAUUAAAUGGGCUUUGCAAUGACUUUUCAUCAACUAUAAAUAUAUCAACAAAGAAUAUCGAGAAAUCAACAAAUGAGAGUGUUAUAUUAAAUUUCAUAAAAGGAGAUAUCUCUUGCUUAACGGAAUUAAAAGUAGACUAUAAGAGAAAACAAAAUCAUUCAUUAGAGGUGUUGAAAGGUGACAAACGAUUACAAAUAGUAGGUGAUGGUAGAGCAGCUAUCAUUGUGAGAAAAAGUGCCGAAGUAACAGUUUUAAAGGACUUUAGUUCUUACAUGUCUAAAGAUUAUGAAAGAUAUGACGGGGUUAUUUAUGAUUCACUGAUUAUGUACAGAUCAAGGAGUAUCUUUAAACAGAACUUCAAGUUUAUUCACAGAGUAGCAGUAGCAUUAAUCAAAAUUAAAACCAGACACGUUUUAAUGAUUUCGUUAUAUGCUCCAAAUUGCUAUUUUUAUCCAGACUAUAAUUUGAUCUUUUUUCAGGAUUUAGAAAUAUAUUUAAACGAUAUAAUAAAACAUGUCAAACAUACAAUUCCUGACAUUUCGAUUGUUAUUGCUGGAGAUUUUAAUUGCAUCACUAAAGAACUACACCUGGCUAUAACUACAUAUAAAUUAACAAAAAAUCAAAGUGACACGAUCAAUGUUUUAAAUUCGAUUGCUACAAAGCACGGUCUUCUCAAUUUGCUAGAUGAAAUAAGUCCAGACGGCCUUGUUAUUACCAAUCACAAUUCUAUCAAUUGUAGAAGCAUUGAUAAGAUCGUUCUUAGUCAAGACUUAUUUGAUUCAUGUAUUUUAGUUCAAUUGCACAACAAAGUUACGUUAGGAAGUCAUCAAUUUUUUGAUGCUUUAUUCUCAACAUCAGAAACAGGAAAUUUAUCCAUGUCAAAUUUAAAAUCCAUUCAAGUUGAAAACAGUGCAAAUGCAAAUUCCAUUGUAUUGAAAGCUACGAAUUGUUCCUGCUCUAAGCAUGCUGGAAAAUCAAUUGGUUCGGUACCAGCAUAUCUGACGAGAAAACUUGACAUUUUCGCAGACAUUCCAUUAUCAAUUCAAAACAAAGAGAUUAUUCCGGAUGGAGUGGAUUACUUAAUUAAGGAGCAAGUUAAAGUAUGUUAUUUCGAUUAUGAAAUUGAAGUAGACGACACAAAACCUGGUCAAUGGAAACUUAAGGGUGUCGAUGCAGAUUCAACAGAUUUAGAAAUGGAAGAGCAAGAAAUUGAUGUCGAGGAAGAAGAAGACGAGGAUUGGGGUACUGAUGAAGAAGAAGACGAGGAUUGGAGUUCUGAUGAAGAAGAAUUCGAAAAUUUGGAACGUUUCGAUAGUGAUCAAAAAUAUAGAAAAGUUAGAAUUUACAAAAAUUUAAAUCUAAAUUUGGUACAACUAUACCCUUUGCUUAGAUUGAAAUACGGAGACAAAACCUUCGAUCGCGCGAAGAAAUUUUCGGGAUUAAAACAAAGACCAUUUAAAAAGGGGAGUUUUGGUUUAACGGGUCCGUAUAUUCCUGCUAAUGUAGCAUACAAUCUAUCAUUAUUUUAUCGCAUACGUGGUAUUGACAAUUUGUUUGGUAAUACGAAAGUAGAUUUCGUUCACGGUACAGAACCCGAAGAAGAUACUCCAGCUGCUACUUUAGUCACAAAAUUCAACGACGAUGAAAAACUGUUGAAACUUUAUUAUAAUAAGAACGAUUAUGUCCAGAUUGAUGUUAAAAAUAAAAAAAUUGCUUUAGUGCGUUAUAUUUACUCCCUCGGGGUACAAGUAGAUGACAUUAGAAGAAGUAUAGGAAACAUUGGCUGUCCUACUGAAACGGUCGGAAAUACUAAAAUGAUUUCUUUAGAGUCUGCUUUACAAGUGGCAAACAAAGAACUUUACAGGCCCAGAUCUUUGGUUGCCAAAAAAAUUAAAGAAUUGUAUCCGAUAUUUGAACAAAAUUUAGAAGAGCUGAUUUUAAAAGUUAUUGAUUCUUAUGGUCAAGAUGCAACAAUAGACUGCACUAAAUUUUGCUUUAGUCAAGGUAUGCUAAUUUAUAAAGGAGAUAACUUUCUACUAGCAAGAAGUACUGAUGAUCUAAUUGGCAUCAAAAGCUUGAUGGGAUUGAACGGGGAAAUUAAUGAUUAUGAAUUUUCACGAUUUGAACCUAAUUAUGGCGAGGUUCCAAAAACUUUUAAGCAUUUUCUGGUAGUAUCAGAUGACGAAAAUAAAGGGUUGAUAUAUAUGAUAUCACUUCAAAAAGCCAAAGAGUUUAGUAAAAGAUUCAAUAUAUUGCAUUUAUGUGGCCCAAUAUUAUUCAACAAAAUCUGGGAACUAGAAGGAAUUAAGGAAAUAAUGAAAGAUAUUGAUUAUGAUCAUAACCCGAAUUUGGAUGCUAUAGAUCCUGAAAUUGACUACUUUACGGAUCCCAUUGGAGUUUUGGUGAUUAAUGGUAUCAAAAGAACUUUCCACGAAGAUUACAUUGAUCUUACAAGUUUACUAAAGAAGUGCUCCAUUUUAACUCCAAAGCAACAGUUUAUCAUUAGUGAGAAAGCCGCAACAAGUAAUGGUUAUGACAAGUUGGUGACCUUGACUGAAGCUAGAAAAAUAGCUAAUCACUUUAAAAUUGACAAUUCCAUUUUUCCUGCUUUGGCAAGUGGCCAAAGUUUUGAGCCAAUCAGAGAAGCUUAUACUGACUUAUUCAACGCUACGUAUCAGAAGUUGACGAAAUAG